AUGGAGAAUUCCACAGUUGAUUGCAAUGGAGAAAACGGCCAGAAUUUCUCUUAUGCAAUGCAAUUGGCUACUUCUGUAUCACUACCUAUGGUUUUAUACAACGCCGUGAAGCUGAAUCUGUUCGAAAUCAUAGCAAAAGCUGGCUGCGGAUCCAAACUAUCACCAACGCAGAUUGCAGCCCAAUUGGGUAGCAAAAACUUAGGUGCAGCUUCCGUGCUCGACAGAAUGCUUCGCGUACUGAGUACCUACUCUGUUCUCACUUGCGAUGAGGUUGCUAGUACUGGAAAUGGUGGUGGGUAUGAAAGAGUUUAUGGGUUGACACCAGUUGGUGAAUAUUCUGCACAGCAUGAGGAUGGUAUUUCGGUCUAG